AUGUCUCUAUGUCGGCAGUCGGCCUUACUUUUAACGAAAUGCAUUGCCAGUCAACUUAAUGUAACCGGUCAAAGGAAUAUAAAAAGAUGGGUAGCCCCUACUCUAAGAGUUAUAGCAAAAAGGCGUGAAAAAAUCGGCCCAGAACCCCUUAAACCUCGGUCAACGUAUUUAGAGUGGAAUUACGAGGCAGAAAUAUUCGCUUUUGGGAAUCGUUUGGGAGAAAAAUUUGAUCGGAGUUUACUGCUUCGAGCCUUAACUCAACGUGAGUAUGCCAAUUUAAAGGAAAUUGAAGCACAAAAGGAGGGAAACGUAGCCGUUAAAAACGAGCACAAUCACGAGCUAAUAGCAGAGGGUUUCAAAAUUAUUAGCGAUGUUAUAUAUAACGAGUACAAAAAUCAUUACCCUGAAGAAAUUGUGAAUGCAGUGCACAAGUUUUUGACCACCGAUGAAAUGUUGGGUUUGGUUGGAAAACAUAUUGGUUUAUCGGACAUUAUUUUAACAAAUGAAUUCCCAGUUGAAACCCACACUCUAUCAAAAACAUUUAAAGCUGUUGUGGCAGCUUUAAAGUUAUCUCAAGACACCCAAAGGGCAGAAUUAUUUGUGAAAGACAUUUUACUGUGCCAAAUGAAUGGUAAAGAUGUUUACGAUAUUUGGAAUCCGGAAAGACCCUUUGAAUAUCUUACUGACUUGCUUAAACAAAAGGGAAUCAGUGAUAUUGAACCCAGGUUGUGUAAUGAGUCUGCUAAAAACACUAUUUUAGCAAGCUACCAGGUUGGGUUGUACAAUAAUAAGAAAUUGCUUGGAUUGGGAUGGGGUGAAAGUAUAGCAAUAGCCAAAGAUACAGCAGCAAUAGAUGCCAUACAGAGAAUUUAUGGAAAUUACAUGCAAAAAUAA